AUGCUUUCGUCGCCCAUCAACCUGCCAAAGUGGCUCGAGGAAAACAGCCACCUCCUCAAGCCCCCCGUCAGCAACUGCUGCAUCUACGAUGACGACGUGACCGUCAUGAUCGUCGGUGGCCCCAACAGCCGCACCGACUACCACAUCAACCAGACCCCCGAGUGGUUCUACCAGUACCGCGGCGCCAUGACCCUCAAGGUCGUCGACGACGGCCUCUUCCGCGACGUCGUCAUCCGCGAGGGCGCCAUGUUCCUGCUGCCCGCCAACGUGCCCCACAACCCCGUCCGCUUCGCAGACACGGUCGGCAUCGUCAUCGAGCAGCGCCGCCCCCCCGACGCCCUCGACCGCAUGCGCUGGUACUGCAUCCGCUGCCACCACGACGACAACCCCGUCAUAGUCCACGAGGCCGCCUUUCACUGCACCGACCUGGGUUCCCAGGUCAAGCUGGCCGUCGAGGACUUUCGCGCCAGCGACGACAAGCGGACCUGUCCUGUCUGCGGCACCCUCGCCGACUGGGCGCCCAAGCCCGGCUCCAUCCCCAACCCCAACCUCGAGGCUGAGGCGUGCUGA